CGGUUCAUAUUUCUAUAAAAUGAAAUCAAAUCUUUGAAUGAACAUCAGUUAGUUAGAAACAUUCUCAGUGUUUAGUUCAUCCAAAAAUACAUUAACAAUGAAGAUUUUCAUUGCCGCCAUUGCUCUGGUUCUGGCCAUCUGCGCCGAAGCAUCCCCUGCUCCAUACGCUCAUGAUGUAGUGGCCUAUUCCAACCCAUGGCCUCUGAAGACCAGCUCGGUUUGGCCAGCCUACGGUGGACUGUACAGUGGUAAGGUCGCUGUGGUUCCAGAAGUUGCCUACGAAAAGUACGCCUACCCGAACGUGUAUGGAAGCUGGCCUGUCUACGGAAAGAACUGGGGAUACUCUUCUCCGGUUGUUGCUGUCGGAGCAAAGGUGGUUGACAACGGCCUGUGGAAUUACGGAGGAUAUGGUUAUGGACACGGAUACGGCGUGGGAUAUAACAAAUACUGGCACUAACUUGAAUAGUAAUUGGAAAAAGUUUGGAAACAAUAAAAACGAAAUAAUCUUGAUUCUUGAA